AUGGACGUUGAACCAAGCUAGCCAAUAGAAUUAGAGUUCGUAGAAGAAGGAGAAGAGGAUGAGAUAUUUAAAAAAUAAAAUAAAAAUCAACUGAAUACUUCAGCAAACAAAUCUAUUUCUAAAGCAGAAUUGCUAAAUUUUAUAUCUAGUAAAAAUAAUACAACUAAGAAAUCUACUUAAAAAGAUAUGAUAAACGAAGAUAUAAGCAUAUAAGAAAGUGAAUAAAAAAAAAGUUAAAGUGUUGAAGACUUAGAGAUAGAAUUAGAAAUAGAAAAUGAUAUUUUUGAAUAACCUAAUAAGUAAAACAAUUCUUAAAUAUAAAAUACGAUUGAAGAAGUUAGCUCUGAUAAUUUGGGAAACAAAAUAUAAAAACUUGAUCUUAAAGAAGGAGAUUUGUUAUAAAAGCAAAAAAAAAAGCAAAGGACUGAUGGAUAUUAAGUUUAUGAGACUUUUACAUGCAUGUUAAAUUUAACAGAUAUUUCUUAUGGUGAAAAAGGUCAUAAUAAAUUCUAUUAGAUUGAAGUCUUGCAUAAAGGGUAUUCGAUAUUUACUUUAUAUACAAAAUGGGGUAGAGUAGGAGCAUAAAAUCCUUAGGAAAGCUACAAGAGAAUGGAUAAUAAGUAUGAUGCAAUUUUAGGUUUUAAAAAGAAAUUUUAUGAUAAAACACAUAACGAUUGGACUGGUAUAUUUUCAGAUUUUAAGCCUUAACCUGGUAAAUAUACAUGGAUUCAAGUAGAUGCCUCAUCAGGUGGAUCAAAAAACUCAGUAAAUGAAGAUAUCGAAAGAAUAAAUAAAAGAAACGCAGAGUUAAAAAAGAGAAUGAAUUCUAAUACAAGCAAACUAGAAAGUUCAAUUAAAGAUUUAAUGCUAUUAAUAUGGGACUUUAAUAGAAUUAAUAAGACAUUAAAAGAAUUAAAUUUCGACACUGAGAAGAAUCCUCUAGGUCGUUUAACAUUCGAUCAAGUACAAAAAGGUUAUAAAAUUUUGACUGAAAUUUAGAAUGCUUUGUUGUAAGGCUCAAGGACAUCGAUUAUCAUAGAAUUGACAAACCAAUUUUACACAAAUAUACCUCAAAACUAUGGUAUGAGGGCUCUUCCUAUGAUUGAUCAUAUGACUAAAGUAAAGGAAAAAUUGCACUUGUUAGACGUUUUAAAAGAGAUAGAUAUUACUAAUAGAUAUAUGAACUAGGCUUUCUAAGCAUAAGGAGCAGAAAGUAUUAAUCCUCUUGAUACCUUUUAUAGUAUGCUUAAAUGCAAUAUAAAUCAAGUAGAUUAGUAAUCUUAGACAUAUCAAGUAAUUUAGAAAAUGGUUGAAAAUACUCAUGGACCAUCUCACGAAAAAUUUAAACUCAAGAUAGUAGAUAUUUAUGAAUUAAAUAGAAAUUAAGAAAGCCAGAGAUUCUUCCCUUUUAAAUAGCUUCCAAAUUAAACAUUAUUAUGGCACGGUUCUAGAAUUUCUAAUUUCGUAGGUAUAUUGAGUGAAGGAUUAAGAAUUGCUCCUCCUGAGGCACCUAUGACAGGUUAUAUGUUUGGAAAAGGAAUUUAUAUGGCUGACGUAGUUUCCAAGGCAGCAGGUUAUUGUCAUGCCAAAUUAGAUUCUCCAGAAGGAUUGCUUGUCUUAUGUGAGGCAGCACUAGGAUAGAUAUACGAAUGUAAUAAAGCUAAAUCCUUUAAAAAGCCUCCUUAGUAUUAUCAUAGUGUUAAAGGCGUUGGUAAAUAUAAAACCCAAUCAGAAGGAAUAUAAAAAAUAGGAACUACUCAAUGUUUUGCAGGAAAAGUUGUAGAAAGUGACGAAAAUGGAGAUGGCUAGCCAAAGGAUUUAGUAUAUAAUGAAUAUAUUAUUUAUGACACAUCUUAAGUUAAAAUGAAAUAUUUAAUACGUGUUAAUUUCGAGUUUUUGUGA